CAACACUACUAUAUAACAAAUAAUUUGAGAUAGAGAUGUCAGAAACUCAGCUGAUGCUUAUUUACGUAAUUUUAUCAAUAAUUCUUGAUGGGUGCUCAGUUCUAGCGAACGCUAACAAGAAACUCAAAGAUGUUCUCAUAACAGUAGAGUAUCGACCGGAAUCUUGCGAUGUGUUUGCCGAAGAUGGAGAUAAAAUCACGAUAGAAUACACUGGGUAUUUAGAGUCAGGGUUAGAGUUCGACAGUACCUCACUCGCCGAGAGGGGCCCACUCAACUUUACUCUGGGAACCAACACUGUUAUUCCAGGAUUGGAACGUGGUAUUCUCGGAAUGUGUUUUGGUGAGAAGAGGAAGUUGGUUAUUCCAUCUCAUUUAGCGUACGGGAACCAGGGAUACAGAACCAUACCAGGAGACAGCACAAUUUUCUUCGAUGUGGCAAUGACGAGGCUGAAAAAGAAGAGUAUUCUAGAAAGAUCUGUAACCGCAGUGCAGUUCUUCCUCUUCCCACUCUCCACCACCCUUAUCAUCUUCUAUUUGUGGCAGAAAAUGAACGAAUCAGAGGAGCCCUUACAGCAAAGCAAUAGAAAGUCAAAGAGGAACCGAAGACGAGGUUAAACUCCCCUUCACUACAAAGUCACGUGACAUCUCUACAGACCACGUGACUUAGCUCCAGAUCACAAGAUACUCACUCAAGAUAAGCGCUCUUCUCUGAAAGAAAGGAGAUAAAGAUCACUUCACGAACUCUGAAAAUUCUAUUUAUUUAACUGUAAAUAUGUUUAUUUGUAACGGUAAAAACGGUGUUUAUUGAUUGGCACGUGGUUGACACGUGAUUGACACGUGAUGAAAUCUCUGAUCUGAUGAACAGAUAGAGAUUAUGACGAUGUAAGACCACCCAAUUACCAUCGUUAAGAACUUAAAAAACAGUUUUACGAAGAAACAAAAAACUGUUUGAGAAUAAUCGUUGAUGAAACCGACGUUUACGGUUCGAUUCUUGAGAAUGUAUCUUGAGAUAUAGGAUUAUUCUCCAAAUUUUUCCGUUGAUUUUGAUUUCGAAGGCAGUCCAGUCGAGUCUAAAUAUGUUUGUUUAACAGACAAUGCAAUUAAUUUAAUGCAAUUAAUUUACCGGUGUUAAAAAUUGAUGAUUUUCAUGUUGCGUAUUUAAAAAGUUUAAUAAGUUAUUUGUCGCAAAUGUUUUUGGUCACGCUGUGAAUGUCCCCCUUUUUUCGAGCUUCGACGCAUCCAAGUUUUGAGUUUUUCUUUCGUUAUUUUUUAACGUGAUGGAUUGAUGUAUCAUGAUUUUAAGAUUUAUUAUCAUUAAUCAUUAUAUUGUUAUCAUCACUAAUUCCAUUAAAAUUGUGUCAUGUUUUGUUCCUAAUUAAGUAGUUAUGUUAAAUGCGGAAAUGUUUUGAUAUAAUCAAGCUUGGUAGAUACCAUCGGCAACUUGAUUUCAAAGAAUCUGAGUUUUUAGAAAUAACUAUUAAUACAGUUUUCUACGUUAAAAUAGUUGAAAUUUUUACCAAAAAGAGUUUAACAAUGUGAUAGGUUUUAAAGGCAGUGGAGAUUAAUGAUGUUUUGCGGACUUUUAAUGUUGUUAUUAAAAGUAACGUAUUGGUUACUUGAUUUGAUCAACUUUCUGGUUUCAUA